AUGAAAGGUUUUGGUAAUUGUAAGACAGUUUAUCCAUGUAAUCCAUUUGUUGAUUAUCCUUAUAUUUAAGUAGAGUAGAGUUUUGUUGGAGUAUAUACUCUUUUUGGAAAGUAUAUAAAGACAGGUAUAAACAUUAUAAUAAUAAGUGUAACCUGGAUUGAUAUACAUAAAUCCUUGUACUGAUACAAUAUAGAAAGUAGAUUGAAAAGUUU